AUGGGCAACUCGUUGAUUUGCUGCGGAGAUGGGACUCGAAAGGCAUGGGGUUCCGACUAUAAAUUUAACGUGAUGAUCCUCAGCUACCUCGACUCCUGCAGUGGGCAAAUGGCCGAGGCUUGGCUGCGGCACCUCCGGGGCGACCUCUCCGUUGGCGUGGCAUCCGCCGGGGUCCUUGGGGGGAACACUGCGGACGAGCGCGCCGUAGCAGUGAUGAAGGAAGUCGGCAUCGACAUGUCAUCAUUUGCGUCGACUGACAUGUCAGCCUUUUCGCCGGAAGCCUUUGACGCUGUCAUCUUCUGCAGCAACAGUGGAGGCGAACUCCAUGGCGAUGGUCGUGUGUGGAAGACGCCCCCCAUUUUCAUGGAGAAGUUCGAUGACCCACCGAAAGCUGAUCCGGGCGACCUCUCAGCAUACCGCCGCAUCCGGGACGAGACCAAAGCUAAGGUGCAGGAGUUGUUGGACGUGCUGAGCAAGCCUUAUGGACCGCAGUACAAGCACAACGUGCUGUUCCUUUGCGACUACAACAACCUCCACUCGCAGAUGGCAGAGGGAUGGCUCCGCGNNGCGUGGCAUCGGCAGCCACCAACGGCCCCACACCCGUGA